GCUUGUGUUGCAUCGAGUAGUAACUGGGGGGAGGAGGCAGCUCAUCCUCUGUCAUGCACCAAGGGGGCGGGAGGGAGGUGCAAUGUGCAGAAAAAAUAGGAGAGCGAGCCAGACGGGUGGAUACUGAGGGAGAGGGAUGCGAGUGCUGCAAUAGCUGAUGCAGCGGUAGCGAAGAUCCAAAUGGGAGCCAGAUAACCCCUGCUGGGGUGUCCGAGCCCCCCUGUGCUGGAGACAAGAGCAUGCCAAUGAGGAGUGUGCUGGUGCCACCUAGACACUGAGCUGUAUCCCAGGUCUGCAGAGCUAUGAGAUAUGGAGGAAGCAGGCAGCUCCCUGCGGCAUCCCCGGUCAUCCUCUCCCAUGUCCCAUCUGUCCUCUCAGCUCUCCUGCCCUGCACUGCUGCACCUCUUCUGUCUACUGCUGCUCUCCUGCCCCCAGCCCUGGGGAGCCUCUGCCACACAGACAGCUCCAAACCGCAAUGAGACUGCAGGAGGCAAGGCUGGCACAUUGGCAGAUGAAGAACAGGCAUCACAGCAUAACAGCAGCAGUAGGGAAAGUACUAGACACAACCAGAGCAAUGAAAUGCACAAAGAAAUCACACUUCCUUCAAGACUGGUCUAUUACCUUAACAAGGAAUCUGAAAGUCCAUAUCACAUAUUGGAUACAAAGACAAGGGACCAGCAGAAGCAUAAUAAGGCUGUGCAUCUUGCCCAGACUAGUUUCCAGAUAGAGGCCUUUGGUUCCAAGUUCAUCCUUGACCUCACGUUGAACAAUGACCUGUUGUCCUCAGAUUACGUGGAGAUUGAGUUUAAUGAAGGAAAAGCAAAACUGAAUAAGGGAGGAGAGCACUGCUACUAUCAUGGUACCCUCAGAAGUGUGAAAAACUCCAGAGUGGCGAUUUCCACUUGCAAUGGUUUACAUGGAAUGUUUGAUGAUGGCACCCACACCUACACCAUACAUCCGGUGGACAUAACUCACAAUCCUGAAAGCACAAGUCGACCACACAUUAUAGAAAAAGCCCAAGGUUCCCAAAUCUCCCGACUUUCAAACCAUUCAGAUAUAGAAAGGAAAGCCAAUGAGCAGCCAUUCUUUGCACAAACACAAUGGCUGCGAAGAAGAAGAAAAAGAGCGCUAAAUGUGCCCCGUGGAGUAUUUGAAGAAAUGAAAUAUGUGGAACUUAUGAUUGUAAAUGAUCAUCAAAUGUACAAGAAACAACGCUCCUCUUCCAUUCAUACCAGCAAUUUUGCAAAAUCCGUGGUAAACGUUGUUGACUCCAUAUAUAAGGAACAGCUGAACACACGUGUGGUUUUAGUUGCUGUAGAAACAUGGACAGACAAAGACCGUAUUACAAUUGGUCCAGAUCCAGUGAAGAUGUUACAUGACUUUUCCAAAUAUCGGCAGAAUAGCAUCAAACAACAUGCUGAUGCUGUACACCUGUUGACGAAUGGAACUUUCCACUAUAAAAGAAGCAGUAUGAGUUUCUUUGGAGGAGUCUGUUCCACCUCUAGAGGCGUAGGAGUUAAUGAGUAUGGGUUUUUGAUGGCAAUGGCCCAGCAGCUGGCUCAAAGUUUAGCGCAAAACCUUGGUAUACAGUGGGAACCAGCCUCCAGAAAAAUGAAACCAAAAGAAUGUGACUGUACAGAGAACUUUGGUGGAUGCAUUAUGGAGGAAACUGGUGUAUACCAUUCUCGUAGAUUUUCUAAGUGCAGCAUUGCUGAGUUCAAGGAAUUCCUUUCCCGUGGAGGAGGCUUAUGUCUUUUCAAUAGACCAACAAAGCUUUUCGAAGUGACAGAGUGUGGCAAUGGUUACGUGGAGCCAGGAGAAGAGUGCGACUGUGGUUCACGGACAACAAAACAUUUUAUCCAGGAUUGUUUUGGAGACUGUUGCAAGAAAUGCUCCCUAUCCAAUGGAGCGCACUGUAGCGAUGGGCCCUGCUGUAACACCUCCUGCUUGUUUCUUCCACGGGAGUAUGACUGUCGAUAUGCUGUUAAUGAAUGUGACAUCACAGAGCACUGCACUGGAGAUUCAGGCCAGUGUCCGCCUAAUCUUCGUAAACAAGAUGGAUAUGCCUGUGAUUCAAAUCAGGGCCGCUGUUACAAUGGUGAAUGCAAAACAAGAGACAAUCAGUGCAAACACAUCUGGGGACAAAAAGCUGCAGGCUCAGAUAAGCAUUGCUAUGAAAAGUUGAAUACAGAAGGCACAGAGAAAGGAAAUUGUGGGAAGGAUGGAGAUAGCUGGAUUCAGUGCAGCAAACAUGAUGUAUUCUGUGGUUUCUUACUUUGUGCAAAUGUAUCUAAGAUUCCCCGCAUUGGUAAAUUAGCUGGUGACAUACCUCCAACAUACAUCAACUACCAAGGGAAAGUAAUGGACUGCAGUGGUGCUCAUAUACUUUUGGAUGAUGAGACUGACAUGGGAUAUGUGGAAGAUGGAACACCAUGUGGCCCAUCAAUGAUGUGCUUAGACAGAAAGUGCCUACCUAUUGCAUCACUGAAUAUUAGCAAUUGCCCAAUGGGUUCUAAUGGGAAAGUCUGCUCUGGGCACGGGGUUUGCAGCAAUGAAGCCACAUGUAUAUGCAGUUCGACGUGGGCUGGAACUGACUGCAGCAUUUAUGACCCAAAGAAAGAGCCGGCUGUUAGAAAGGAUGAAGGACCAAAGGAAAUAUUGGUGCAGUCAGUGAUGAACAUGGUCAAAGGUUUCGCCAGGACAUUGCCACAAUGGAAAAACGGUGUCCUGGCAACUGGGAUCUGUUAAUGCUUGCCAUUGUUGGUCACUACAAAGACAUGGAACUGACGCAAGUACACACGAAAAUCAGGAGCCAAACAAUUGAACUUAUGCAGCGUGUCAGAAAAUGUAUGCAACUAAACACUCUGUAGUCAAUAAAAACUAAGUUCAUGUUUCUCAAAAUUCUUACCAAAGUGUUCACUCUGGAGGGGGUCUAAUAAUCACCAAAAAGUUUUCAGGAACAAAGACUUUUUUUAAAUGUGUUGUCCAGUGUGAUCAAUAAAUCAAGAGCAUUUUAUUAGCAGCCACUUACCCUCUUAAUUCCUGCACGCAGUAAGGGUGUACUUAUUUUUUUCACACACUGCUUCUGCAUUAUGGCAUCGUUGUUUUUUUUUUAAUAAAUAAUGACACUGUGUACUUUGCCAUGUGUUGUUGUUCAUCUAAUGUGUUUACCUAAUUUUAAGAUAUUCUAAGGACUAGAUUUUUUAUAUUAUUAUGAUACUUAAAACCAUAUCAUUUAAAGAGGGUGUACUUUCUUAUAUAUCUGUAAAAUGUAUAUUUUUUAGGCUGGCCAAUAUAGGUAAAAAUUUAGUUAAUGGCAUACAAAUAAUAAACAUAUUAGUGUAAAAUGUUAUGUUUAUAGAAUAUACUACAGGUGUCAUUAAAGCUUUAUUAUUGUGCAUCCCAAACAUUAAACUUUUAUUAAUAGCAGAUGUUAUAAUGGUAUGUACUGAAUAUGUUUAAUAAAGGUAAGUACUAUAAGACUUUUUGAUAGGACACACAAAAGUGCUAUUGCUUUUAUAAGAACAUCUGUCACAAUUUGCAUGUUUCCCUUUUUCAAAUUUCAAUUCUGCUGCUUUCAACAUAUUAGUGCAUUCCAAUGGGUGCACCAGUGCAAAUGUAGUAUUUUAUAUACUACAUUUGUAUACUAUAAAAAAUGCAUUUAUUUUUCAACAUUCAUUAGUACGUUAUAUAUCACAGUUUUGGUGAAGGUACUUAGAGAGAAAACUUAUCAUUGUUAGCAAUACUACUGAAUAACGUAAGGUUUGUAAGAGCAUCAUUCUUAUAUCAAAGAUUAUUUCAUAAUUGUUUUACUUACUUUUAAUAUGUACUGUGCUUUGUUUAUAUUAAUGUAUUGGGGUAUUGCAUUACAAUAAAAAUUGAAUUAUCAACAACCAAGAACGACUGUAAGGAGGACUGUACUGAGCUAUAAUAGGGCUGUCGUAGAGGUUUAGAUGGCCUCUACUGUACCUUUGUAUGCCUAAGGCUGGGUUCACAUAUAUCAGGCGUCCGGCAUAGUUUUCCCUCCGGCAUGCAUCGGAGGGAAACUAAUGCUAGAACUGAUCCCAUCCAUUUAAAUGGGACAGUUCACAAUCAUCCAGCUCGGAUAGCAAAGGACAGGGGAAUGCUGCUUGCUGCGUUCCCCUGUCCGUCCUGCAGAAGCAAAGGACGCCGGAUGCCAUACAUUAGUUGUGUCAAGGUCUAGGCUGAGUUCACCUAUGCCGGAUGCCAGACAUACGUGAACCAAGCCUAACUGGCAUAAAGAGCACUGCUUUAAGGAAAGGAUAUCUCCAUAAAUAAAGUUCCCUAAUAGACAUGUAUGGUAGUGCAAAAAGCUGUGAGUCUAAGUACUAAUUAUGAUUGUGGCAUUAUGAUCCCACGUCCCUGACAGGCUCCAUGGGCAACCAGGCUGGAAUUUGCUUUCUCCAAACCUGUUUUAAGCUGUUCUAAUAGCACCAACAGUAGACAUUAUGGGGGACAUUUAUCAAUGUUGGUGUGAAGAAGUAUAGAUUUUACCUGGAAGUAUAGUUUGCCUGGUGUAUUUUUUUUACCAAAUUUAUCAAAAUGGUGCACAGACUUGAUAAAUUCUUCACAAUUAUAUAUGCCAGUGAGCUGCAGAGCUAGGUUUAAGCUUUGUGCUCUGGCAUCUGACACAUAUUUACAUGUCCUAUAAGGUGGUGUAGGUUUGCACAAAAAAAGUAUAAAGUGGUGUACAGUGCACCAAACAGUGGACAACUUUGAACAGAAAAUGUCGCUAAAAAAAUGUGCUAAUAAUGCAAAACUUGCUGAGACAUUUAGAACAUUAAAGUGGUGUAAAGCCAAUAAUAAAUGUCUCCCAAUGAGAUUUUAUAAGGGCUAUGGGCACUUUUAAAAACAUUCUUAUACUUGCUCAGUACUUAUUAUACAAAAAUCCUUUAUUGCAAUGGAUUAAAAAAUUGUGUUAACUUUCUCUUCUGCAGCCUCUGCAUUGUUCUGUUAUCAGUGAUGUCCAUCAGAGAAGGAAAAGCUAUUCUCCGAUAGGUUUGAUUUUAGCUCUUAACUCCUUUGAUCUGGUCACAAAUUAGCUUAGAGGGCAGCUCAGGGGAGUUGAUAUAGGGGCUAAAAAGAGACUAUACAAACUAGCUUCUCUGGUGGACUUUACUGUUAACAAGACACAGCAGAAAGAUAUAGAAGAAAUAAACUAAGUUUUUUUUUUCUUUUAUAAAAAAAAAAUAUGGAGAAAGAGUUUUUGUACCAUAAUAAAGUUCAGAGAAAACAUACAAAAAUUCAAAUGUGUGAAUAGCCUGUAGGUAAAUUGCAGGUAAUGCAAAUCUUUAAUAAAUUGCAAUGUGUACAUUUAAAAUUGACAUUAUAUUAAACCCAUCAUUAUCAUUAAGUGGAUUUUCAGCAGCAUUCUUAUACCCAUAAAUGUAUUUUCUUUUUCUCUCCUGCCUACUCUUUUGUAACUCAUUAACCAAUAAUACUUUAUUACUACCACCUGUCUAAAAAGUGAUUCUACUAAAAACAGGUUUUAUAGCUACAUUACAUUUACUCCCUUUUUAAGACUUUGCAACCAACACCAAAAUCUAUUUGCCUACUGGAAUGAAGUAAGCAUGUAACUGUAUAUCUAAUAUUUCAUUCCAGUAGGCUUUACUUAGGCAUAGUAGCACUAUGUUUGAAAUGGUUUUAUUGACACUAUUAAGUAAAGUAAAAUGGGGUAUCUUCUUGGUGACUUGAACUUUAGAGCACAAAAAGGUUGGUCAUCUAGUUUUGUAAGUCAGGACUGAGGUCCCACUUGUUUUCGGCCUUUGCAGGGUCAUGUCUUUUUUGCUUUUAGAGAGAGGCUGCAUCCUUCAUACAUUUUGCAACGCAUAUUAACCAAUCAGAAAGCCUGGUUUUGGGCUCUCAAACAAUAAAUAAACAUGUGUGUUUUAUGUAAUUUAAGCAGGCACUGUCAUUUGCAAAAACUUUAUAUUUAAUAUAUAGAAUAACAUCAUAUGUAUAUUUGUAAUAUACAUUGGUUAAAAUAUUUGUAUAUUUUUGGGUAAAAUAUGCUAUCUUGUUCCUGCAGCUACAGUCAUGGCCGUAAAUGUUGGCACCCCUGAAAUUUUUCUAGAAAAUGAAGUAUUUCUCACAGAAAAGGAUUGCAGUAACAUGUUUUGUUAUACACAUGUUUAUUACCUUUGUGUGUAUUGGAACUAAACCAAAAAAGGGAGGAAAAAAAAAGCAAAGUGGACAUAAUGUCACACCAAACUCCAAAAAUGGUCUGGACAAAAUUAUUGGAAUCCUUUCAAAAUUGUGGAAAAAUAAGAUUGUUAAAGCAUGUGAUGCUCCUUUAAACUCACCUGGGGAAAGUAACAGGUGUGGGCAAUACAAAAAUCACACCUGAAAGCAGAUAAAAAGGAGAGAAGUUUACUUAGUCUUUGCAUUGUGUGUCUGUGUGUGCCACACUAAGCAUGGACAACAGAAAGAGGAGAAGAGAACUUGAGAACCAAAAUUGUGGAAAAAACUAUCUCAAGGUUACAAGUCCAUCUCCAGAGAUCUAGAUUUAUCUUUGUCCACAGUGCGCAACAUUAUGAAGAAGUUUGCAACCCAUGGCACUGUAGCUAAUUUCCCUGGGCGUGUAUAAAAGAGAAAAAUUUAUGAGAAGUGUCAACGCUGGAUAGUCCGGAUGGUGGAUAAGCAGCCCCAAACAAGUUCCAAAGAUAUUCAAGCUUUCCUGCAGUCUCAGGGAGAAUCUGUGUCAGCGCAAACUAUCUGUCGACAUUUAAAUUAAAUGAAACUCUAUGGCAGGAGACCCAGGAGGACUCCACUGCUGACACAGAAACAUAAAAAAGCAAGACUACAUUUUGCCAAAACUUGAGUAAGCCAAAAUCCUUCUGGGAAAAUGUUUUGUGGACAGAUGAAACCAAGAUAGAUUUAAAGGAGGUAAUCCCUGCAAGUUUUCUCCUCCUUUUUCACCAGGCAGCCCUUUGGACCUGUUCAUAUAGGCCAUUCAUAAAGAUGUGAAGGCAUUGAUGUAUUUGCAAGCAACUAGCAAUUUAUCUAAAGGGGAAGAACGCGCACUUAGAUGGCUAGCCAGCAGACCAGAUUUGAAAGUUUCACGGGCAGACAAAUGUGGGAGUACCGUGGUUAUGCCCACUGAGUACUACAUGCCUGAAACACAACGACUGCUAGGAGAUAGCAUCACGUAUGUACGCCUCCCCUCAGAUCCUACACAUAAAACAUUUAAUCAGUUACUUUCUUUUCUUAGACAUCAAUCUGAACAAGGUAUAAUUUCUCCCAAUACCACAGAAAAACUAUUUCCAACUCUAGGCCUGCUAAAUGGUACUUUUUACCUAAAGUGCAUAAGUCGCAGAGCCAACCCCCUGGUCGCCAUUCGUUGUGGGGAUUGGCUCUGCGACUGAGUACUUAUCCCAAUACAUUGAGUUGCUGUUAAAACCCCUAUUGAGACAUACACCGACAUACUUUAAGGACACUGGAGAUCUCCUGGUACACCUUGAGAGUUUUGAAUGGCACACCAAUUAUCGACUAGCCUCCAUCGAUAUCGAGAGUUUGUACACCCGCAUUCCUCGGGAUGCGGGUGUGCAGGCUAUUCGUGAGUUUCUUUUAGAGACUAAUAAAACUGAAGCAUUUACUUUAUUCAUAUGUGAUGCCCUUUCAUUCAUCUUGUCACAUAAUGAGUUUAAAGAGGAAGAGAAUUGGUAUAAGUAGGAGACCGGUACUGCGAUGGGCACACCGGUCUCCUGCAUCUAUGCCAAUCUGUUCCUCGCCUUUUUCGAACGACGCUACAUCUUUUCCAAUCUCAACCCCUAUGUUAGGUACAUUAAACUCUUCCUUCGUUUUGUCGACAACAUUUUGGUAGUAUAGGAUGGCCAGGAGACAGAAUUUCAAGAAUUCGUGACAUACUUAGAAGAAUAUAUGCAUACAAGAAAAUAUGCUGUUCAUUGGGUUUGGCGGAUCAGAGCUCGAAUUCCUAGAGGUGAAGCUGAAAAUCUUUGGAGACAUAUGGGUGACAAUGGGAUAUCGCAAACCCAUCGCCCGUAAUUCUUUCAGAGCUCUCUCUCACCUUCAGAGCUCUCACUACACACAAAACAGGGAAUUCCAUACUCACAAUUUCUACGUCUGAGACGCAUUAAUAGUGAUAGCCAGAUUUUUGAAGAUCAAGCCGAUGAACUUAAAACUUGUCUCCUAGCCAGGAACAACCCAUUAUCAGUUAUUGAUACAGCUUUAGAUAGGGAUAGGGAAAUAAAAAGAUCUGACUUAUUGCUACCAAAUAAAAAUCUUAAAAAUAACGACAAUGAGAGGCGAUUCGUUUUCUCCCUUAGCAACUCCAAUCUAAAUUAAGUCAUCAUUAUUAGAGCAAUACAUCGUCACUGGUACAUGCUUGGAAACAGAUGCUGACCUCAAACAUGUAACAGUGAAAAACCUUUGAUUACCUUCAGAAAAAAAGGUCACCAUAGGUGACCGCCUGAAAAUUCUGACAUCAAUACACAAAAAACAACUUCUUCCUCUUGGAAGAGGUUAUUCCUUGAAAGGAAAUUUCCCAUGUAGGAGCUGUUCUUUUUCUUCACAGAAUUGGGCUAGCAGGCAUUUAAAAUUGGGAAAUUACAUACAUAUAGUUAACCAACUUAUAACAUGCCGAACUACAUUUGUCAUUUACAUAUUAAUCUGCCCAUGUGGGUUUUACUAUGUAGGUAAGACAAUUCGUCAGCUCCAUGUCCGCAUUCAUGAACAUUUGAGAUCCGUCAGAACCGGAAUAUGAGCUACACGUCGUAUCACCCACAUGCGCGAGAUCCACAAUAGUGAUACCACCUUACUUAAAUUUGCAGGUCUAGAAUCAGUAUACCCACCCUCAGAUGGCAGUGAUAGACAUACGCUGGAUCAUUAAGCUUGAUGCCACAGGAGCUCUUGGCUUUAAUGAUUGCUAUGAAUUUAGCCCCUUUUUAUAGUAACUGCAGUUUCUGUGUCCAAUAGCUUUUAUAUGCCGUUGAUUUAUAUAUAUAUAUGUAUGUUUUUUUUAAUACAUUUUUUACUUUGUAUAACACAUAUACUGUUUUUGCAUCUAUUUGUUGCGACCACAUGACUUUACCUGUUUCUUACCUGUUCCGGUGUCUUUUAUAUAAAGUGCGCUUGCACACAGAGAGACGCCAGGUGUCGGCAAGUGGAAGCACACUUAGUGUGCGAAACAGUACUGUCCUGUCAUCACCUCUGCCUCACAGUCUAUGAUGCCUGUUCUGCACGCUAUGUAUAUGCCUUACGGACCCAAGUAAAACUAUGAUCACUGGACGGUGAGUGCAGUCUCCUUUCUUUUUCGUCACAUAUUUGUAAAAACCAAGAUAGAGUUUUUUGGUAAAGCACAUCAUUCUUCUGUUUACCAAAAAUGGAAUGAGGCCUAAAAAGAAAAGAACACAGUACCUACAGUGAAAUAUGGUGGAGGUUCAAUUAUGUUUUGGGGUUGUUUUGCUGCCUCUGGCACUGGGUGCCUUGAAUGUGUGCAAGGCAUCAUGAAAUCUGAGGAUUACCAACGGAUUUCACACUGUAGAGCCCAGUGUAAGAAAGCUGGCUUUGCGUCCUAGAUCUUGGGUCUUCCAGCAGGACAAUGACUCCAAAGCAUCCAGAAAUGGAUUGCAACAAAGCACUGGAGAUUUCUGAAGAUGCCAACAAUGAGUCCAGAUCUAAAUCCCAUUGAACACCUGUGGAGAGAUCUUAAAAUUGCUGUUGCAAAAAGGCGCCCUUCCAAUAAGAGAGACCUGGAGCAGUUUGCAAAGGAAGAGUGGUCCAACAUUCCGGCUGAGAGGUGUAAGAAGCUUAUUGAUGGUUAUAGGAAGCAACUGAUUUUUUCCAAAGGGUGUGCCACCAAAUAUUAAGUUAAGGGGGCCAAUAAUUUUGACCAGCCCAUUUGUGACAUUAUAUCCAAUUUGCUUUUUGUCCUCUCUUUUUUGUUUUAGUUCCAAUACACACAAAGGGAAU